CAUUCGAAGAAUUGCUCCUGUGUCCGAUGAAAAGUCUCGUGCGAGUUGAUUAACAGAGCUGGGGAUGACUAACCUCAAGCAUACAUCUCGUCCGCACGUGAUGUCAAACUCUCACUCCAUGCAAAGUCCGAAGCUGAGAAAGUUACCGUCCAAGCUUAAUCCUCGUUCAGAUCAAGCAAUUCAUGUCCAGGUAACUGAAAGGAAAAGAGCAACUUCUAAACAACGCCACACAGGAUUGUAGGUAGCACAUUUGCACCAAUUGCACCUCACGUUCCUGAUUUUUUCCCAGUCUUUUCGGUCUUUUUCGGACGGAAGAUGAAUUCAGAGAUUGAGCUAUUCGGGAGGAGGAGCAUGGUUGAGUCCUACGAUCGUGGAGGAUGUUCUCGAGAACUCCAUCAGCAGCCCUCGUACUCUGCAUUUCGUAGGAGAGCAUUGAAACAAUCUGUUGGGACGCUCAAAGGAUAGACGAAAACUCGCGCAUUGAAUCUCAUCCGCCAAUUCGCAACCACGAACGCCAUCCCUGUACAGGAUACAUCGAUCUAUCUGGAUCGAAGUUGGCCUCUUUAUGGAGUUGUUCAGAGUACGAGUCAACAGACUGUUAGCUGAUGCUCAGAUGAUAGAUGCACUCCAGACUGAACGAAAUCGACGAACGAGUUGUUAAGAUAUGCAAUACUCGAGGAAGUCCACAACAGGUGCAGUUUCGUCGACAUUCAAAAUCCUUUCUUUUUCUUGCACUCUUAUCCCUGCAGCGAAACGACCCGACCAGCUACCGAGAACGAAAUUGUGGGAGACAUUGCAUCGACAAGUCUUCACGAGCACAUGGAACUACAGAAGGCUCUUCUAGCCACGUUGUAACAUGCUCGCGUAGAAGGUCACUGCUGCUAGUCGUCGUCAACGUUUUCCACGGAGAUCUCUCGGAGUUUCCAAUUUCUGCUGGAAAUCAAAUGCUUCAAGCGUAAAGAGGCGAGAGGGCAGUCACUCGAAGUUCCCUCUGUCGUACACAAGUCAUG